AUGACACCUCCAGAGGUGACGCCCGUCAAGCGGGUUUUGGUGCCACCUCCUCCAUCAACUCCCUCGACGGCUCCGGUACAGGAAAAGGACGACAUUGCUCCCGGGAUGUUGGCCACCCCGGGACGAGACGAUAGCACGCACGAAGCUCUGGCAGCGGUCAUCUUCAUGGGACAGCUGUUCUCGCUAAUGCCCAUCGCCGGGUACACCACGGAUGACCCACGUGACGUCCGGAUGCGCUUCCGUUCGGUGCGGUUCCUGUACGCGUGUCUCACGCUGGUCCUGAUGCUGUCGCUCAUCGUGAUGUUGUGUGUGCAUACGACGCAUGAGGGUUCGUUCGGUGUCCAGCAAGCUUCGUCCCUUGCGUACUACGGUGUGAUCGUGUUCUUCAUGGUGGAGCUAAUGCUGCUGGCACGCCACUGGCCCCGGAUUAUGGGCCGUUGGUUCGCGGAUGAGCAACCCUUUCGGAGUGAUCCUUACCGACCGCCAGCGGAAACGCUACCACUGCGACGUAAGAUGCACCUGAUCGCGUUCGGUGUGAUGUGUUUCGCGUUUCUCGAGGACACGCUUAACUUUCUUUCCGCGUACCGGUUGAACGAGCUGCACAUUCGGUACUGCCCGCAUCGGAGCGGGUUCUGGAAGAACUUCUUCCAUCGCGAGCAUCCGUACGUGUUGCGAGCGAUUCCGUACCAUCCGGUGGUUGGGUGGACGAUCGAGCUGACGAUGCGUGUUGGCAAGUUCACCUGGCACUACGUGGACGUGUUUAUCAUCUGUCUUAGUCUGGGGCUUCAACGACGGUUUGUGCAGUUUAACGAGCGGCUUGAGCGACUCGACGGACAACCACAACCACAGGCCGUGUGGCGUCGAUUGAGGUUAGAUUUUGUGCGACUCACCGAACUGGUCGCGUACGUGGACGCUCGCUUCUCUAAGCUGAUCCUGCUGUGUUGCGCCAAUGACAUGUUCUUCAUCACCGUGCAGCUAUUCAACAGCUUCGACCUGAAGCCGACCACGAUGACGACGGUGUACUUCUGGUACUCGCUUGUGUUCCUGAUGUGUCGGUGUUUUUUGAUGCUGUUCGUUGUGUCGUCGGUGAGUCGAGCCUCGGAACGUCCACUGGAGACGUUAAGACGGUUCCCGAGCUCCAACUGGAAUCUGGAUCUACGUCGGCUCUGUGAUGUGGCAGCCACGGCCGAGAACGCUCUAUCCGGCAAGCGGUUUUUCUUCGUCCGGCGGCCUCUCAUACUCGCGAUGGCCGGUACGAUCAUCACGUACGAGCUGGUGCUGCUCGAUCAGGUGAAGAAGGUUCCGGAUAACACGCGCGAUUGCACAUUUUAG